AUGCCACCAAGCACGCUGGAGUUUGAACUGUCUCACGGAGGAGACUUGAGCAGCAGUGACACGGAGCCAGAACGUGUGCUGGUGUGUAAGACGGUCCCGUUCGUUCAGACCACAGCGAUCGUGACCGGGAUCCUGACCAUGACCUGCAUCGCCAUCGAGAGGUACCAGGGCAUCGUGUUUCCGCUGCAGAUGAGGAGGCAGUACUCUUCCAAACGCGCCUACAAGAUGCUAGGCCUGGUGUGGGGGGUCUCUGUGAUGGUGGGCUCUCCCAUGUUGUUCGUGCAGCAGCUGGAGGUGAAGUACGACUUCCUGUACGACCUCUACCACGUGUGCUGCCAGGAGAGCUGGCGGUCGCUGCUGCACCGACAGGUUUACUCCACCUUCAUCAUGGUGGCGCUGUUCCUGCUGCCGCUGCUCACCAUGCUCUUCCUCUACACUCGCAUCAGCAUCGAGCUCUGGAUCCACAAACGAGUGGGAGACUCGUCUGUGCUCAGCUCCAUGAACCAGAGGGAGGUCACCAAGAUCUCUGGGAAGAAGAAGCGAGCUGUGAAAAUGAUGAUCACCAUCGUGCUGCUGUUCACAGUCUGCUGGGCGCCGUUUCACACGGUCCACAUGCUUUUUGAAUACAACGACCUGGAGAGUAAGUACGACGGCGUGACGGUGACCAUGAUCGUGGCGGUGGUGCAGGCCAUCGGUUUCUUCAACAGCUUCAACAACCCCAUCGUCUACGCCUUCAUGAACGACAACUUCAAAAAGAGCUGCGUCUCCACUCUCUCCCGCUGCCUCCGCGCGCCCUCCCCCCGACAGCAGGGCGGCGCCGCGGUCGUGCCCAAGCUCACCGUCCACUUCAUCCAACCCCAGAGUAGAGAGGCCUUCGUCAACUCCAGGAGCAGCGAAUCUAAGCCGAGCUCCCACGAGGACAACCCCCUGACGCUGUCCAGAGGAGACAGCUCCAAGACAACGACCGAGGGGAAGACCAACACGAUACAGACCGAGCUGCCGGCAAACAGCUCGUCUCUGGUCAAAUGA